AUGCAUAAGUUCACUCCCCGCCGCCCGCUGCAGGUGAACGUGCUCUGCGUCGCGCGCGUGGCCAGGGUGUUCCUGCCGCUGCUGCGCCAGUCGCCGCACUGCGGCCGGCGAUUCGUCAUCGUGAACAGCGUGUGGAGCCGCAUGGCCGUUCCGGGUACCGGACCGUACUGCAUGAGCAAGUACGCCGUACGCUGCUUCACCGAAGUUCUGCGCCGCGAGCUGCUCAAUUUCGGCAUCUACGUGGUCGGCAUCGAGCCGAACCUGCACCGGCUGCCGCAGACAAAACCCAGUUCGCUGCUGGAGUCCUACAAAAACGUGUGGGAGCAGCUCCCUGACGACGUCAAGGAAAUCUAUUCCAAGGGAUACGCAGACGAAAUGGAGGACAACAUCCGGCGAACAAUAGCGAAAGAGCCGGAUCCGAUUGUUUUAGACGUCGCCAAGAAAAUGCUGGACUCCGUGCAAACGGCGUAUCCCAGCAAGAUCUACCAGCCCGACCUGUUGAGCUGGAAGAUUCUGAACAGCGAGUACGCCAUGAUUGGAAAGGCUCCUCAAGCCCUGUGCCCCAAUUUCAGUUGA